AUGAGUCCCUGGCCCAUUGUCAUUGCGCCCGGGGUCUGUGCUCGACUGCUGCUGCUCCGCGGCUUCUUUGGAAGGGUUGCCAGGGUGCAUCCGCCCGUGGCGGACGAAGAGACCACAGACGGCGAGGGACAGGGACCGGUUGGCAGGUUGCACGGCGUGGUCCCGUCGCGCAAUGGGGCACAGUUCUGGCCGGUUCCCCCUCCCUUGACCGACACCAUAAGAACCUUACUCCGAGGACAAAGGAGGAGGGGGGAAGACAGUGGAUGGGAGGAAGAACAAACCGAUCUGACAAUGAAGACCGAAAGGGUUGCACGAUGGUUUCUCGACGUCGACGAUGCUAUCCCGACUCUCACAAAUGUAGUCCGAUCAGAGUCGGACCUUCGACACUUCCUCGUCGAUAGCUAUGCCAUAUCAGCUCGGGCGGACCCUUCCGUUCGAAGCACCUUCCAGAAAAACGUUCAAGGGGAACUUGCGUAA